ACGAGCCGCCGAGUGUCGGCGCUGACGUCACGGCCCUACAUUGAGAGAUCGAGCUGAAUUGUAAGCGCGAGCUUCAGAGACGGAGGCGCGCGCCGAGGCGAAGGACACGACGACGAUGAACUCCAGUCGGUGUGACUCUGCCGUUUUCUGAGGGGAGAAAAAAAUAUCCAACGUUUUUUUUUUUUUCGUCUUCAUAUUUUUUUUUUCCUUCCAGCGACGCGAACAAACUGUCGGACAUUUUGGAGAGAGUUUUGCAUUCGCUCCGCGGUCGCACCAUGUCCUCCGCGGCGGUCGCUGCCUCCAGGAGGCAGUCCUGCUACCUGUGCGACUUGCCCCGCAUGCCGUGGGCCAUGAUCUGGGAUUUUACCGAGCCCGUUUGCCGCGGAUGUGUCAACUACGAGGGGGCGGACCGGAUCGAGUUUGUGAUCGAGACCGCGCGGCAGCUCAAGAGAGCCCACGGCUUCCAGGACGGCCGCUCCGCGGGCCCGGGGAAGCCCCACCACCACCACCACCACGCCGGGAAGGAGAUUAACCACUCGCUCGGAGACCCGGGCUCCCGCGCGCCGCAGCCGUUGGACCGCUACCCGCUGUCCGACCGGCCCCCCCGGCUGGGACCGGAGUACCAGACCGGGAGGCAGGCCAACGGCCUCUCGCUGCCGAACGGAUUUCCGAAACCCGACGAGCCCCCGGAGCUCAACCGCCAGAGCCCGAACCCCCGCAGGACUAGCGCGGUGCCCCCGAACCUGGUGCCGCUGGUGAACGGCGGCAUACCCACCAUACACCCGCUCAACGGCCGCCCGGUGGGUCAGAUGGGUCUGCCCGGGGUCCUGGCCGCGCCUGGCCCCGGGGAGCACGGCAAGCGACCGGAGGAGCUGAAAGACAAACACCGGCCGGACAGCCUGUCGGACAUGUCGGACAGCCACAAGGACUGGAUGGGCAAAGGCAAGACGGUCCGGGACCUGAUGGCGCUGCACACCUUCGACAGCCGGUUCAAAAAGGACCACGCCGCCAUGCAGCGGGUGAUGGGCUACGAGACGAGCGCCACUUCCUCGAAACCAGACAGGGGGAAGCACCCGCGCAGCAUGAAGAGGAAGGCCUCCCCGGAGCCCGACGGCGAGGGCAGCGCCCCCAAGAUGAACGGCGGCGAGGGCCAGCCGUGGCUCCCGUCGCCCUCCGAGGCCCUGAAGAUGCCCCCCGCCGCCCCGCCGGGCUUCUCGCCCGCGCCCCCCUCCACCGCCUCCCCCCACUCCCGCGCCACGCCGCCCGAGGCGCAGCAGAACGGCCAGUCCCCCAUGGCGGCGCUCAUCCUCGCCACGGACAACGCCGGCGGCGCGGGCUCCCCGAAGGACGGCAACCAGGUCCAGUCCACCGCGGCGGGGGGCGCCGCCGCGCGGCUGAUCAGCGGCAGCCCCCCGUCGCCGUCCUCUCAGCGGCGCGCGGCCCAGAGGGAGGGCCCCGGCCAGCAGGCGGCCCCCGGGGGCACGGACCCCCACGCGCCGCCGCCCAUGCAGAGCGCCCCGGACUCGUCGGUGGCGCCGGGCGGCGUGCCGCUGUGCUGCACGCUGUGCCGCGAGCGGCUGGAGGACACGCACUUCGUGCAGUGCCCGUCGGUGGCGUCGCACAAGUUCUGCUUCCCGUGCUCCCGGGAGAGCAUCAAGCAGCAGGGCGCCACCGGGGAGGUGUACUGCCCCAGCGGCGAGCGCUGCCCGCUGGUCGGCUCCAACGUGCCCUGGGCCUUCAUGCAGGGGGAGAUCGCCACCAUCUUGGCCGGGGACAUAAAGGUCAAGAAGGAGCGGGACCCGUGAACGGACCGCCGCGCGCUUGGAGAACUCUUUCAUUUUUAUUUUCUUCAUUUUUUGUAAUCCGACUACGGCAGCAGGACAUAACGUCACACACACACACUGAGACACACACACACAGAGACACACACACACGCACACACACACACACAGAUCAUCCAGCGAGCCCCGGAGAGACGGACGUGUACAUAUUGGACACGAGGGAAGGUUAUACUUCGUAAAACACGGCUGUAUAAUUUUGUUCUUUUUCAAUAAUGUGUUUCUAUGUUUUUGAAGACGAGACGGUAUGUUGGUCUUCACAACAGGCCCCUCCCCCUUCAUCACAGGCCCCUCCCCCUUCACCACACUCGUUUCUUCUGUCCGUCGUCGGUGUACUUUCAGUUGCGGAGACGUUCCCGUCGGACGUAGAAUGUGACGAAUCUGAGCACUUGGCAAAAAAAUUAAAAACAAAGAAAAAAAAAAAUCUUGCUUCUCGCUGUACAUGUAUGCAUUUGUUUUUUAAGAAAAGAGGAACAAAAACUUGCCAAAUACAGUUUCAGAUCUUGUAAUAAUA